AUGGCAGACCAGCGCGCAACUCCCGAUCGCGUCGCCUCCUACGGCCGCGGCGGUGCAGGCAACAUUGGCAAAGAAGACCCUGCCGCACACAUCACCACCAAAGACCUCGUCACGCCGACCCUCAAGUCUGACCAUUACACCACCGGCCGCGGCGGCUCCGGCAACAUGGCCAAGAACGACCCAAACCACCCGGAGCUCGCGCGCGCCGCCCAAGACGUCGAGGCGCCGACGCAUCGUGAACCCGAGGGACCUCAUCAUUAUGGGCGCGGGGGUGCGGCGAACAUUGCGAUAACCGAGGACGAGAAGAAGGCAAGAGCGAGUGGUGAGGUGAAGAGGGCGGCUGCUGAGGCCAAGGAGAAGAAGUCCGGCGAGCAGAAGCCUGCCGAGAGGAAGAGUCAGGAUGUGAAGCGGGAGGACGGCAAGGCGGACAAGGGCAUUGUAGACAAAGGCAAAGAGUUCCUGCACAAGCUAGGUGGCAAGAAGUAG